AUGUCAUUUUUCGGAUUUGAUCCUAGUAUUCCACCACACCUUCAACAAGGCAGUGGUGCACCCGGGACAAAUGAAUCCUAUGACUUCCAAGAGACAUACGACGGAUUGGGGGAAGAAGUUGACGCCUUCAACGAGGAAACUUUUGGAGAUAACAAACAAGAGACAUGGAAUGAUCCUAGUGCACAGAAUCACGCUCCAGUUUUAAAGCAAAACAUCAGUUAUGCUCAAGCGGCAUCGUCUACCAAUAAUGACGAUGACUUCAUGAAUGAUCUCUGGGGAACAAGUGGUGCCAAGGAUGGUGCUGCUCAAGAGGUCCAACAGCAACAGCAGCAGCAACAACAACAACAACAACAAGCUCCCCAGGAAAAGAAAUUUUUAUCUUUGGAAGAAAUUGAAGCGCAAUUGACUGCUAUUGACCAACAACUGCAACAACAGCAACAUCCAGUUCACCCUCCUCCACAGUUUGGAUAUCCAGGGAUGAUGCCACCUCAAUUUGCUUACGGUAUGAUUCCUCCAGCUGGAUAUAUGCCAGCACCAGGUCAGUACGGACAAUUCAUGGGAGCACCAAUGCCAAUGCCACAAAUGCCUCCUAUGGGUUACCAACCUCAACUUCAGCAACAACAGCAGCCUGUUCCACAACAGCAACCUGUUCUGCAACAACAGCAACAGCAACAGCCACCUGUCCAGCAACAGCAGCCAUUGCAAGAAGCACAACCCGUUGUUCCUCAAAAUGCUCCUCAAAAUGCUGGAGUCAGAAGGACUUCUAAGGUCGACUCAGCUCAGUUUCCAGUAUUAGGAGCUAAGGGACAAUCUGGUCAACUUCACCAACAACAAUUCUCUGGUGCCCAAGAAUCUGCUGCCCCAAGUAGCUCCCCAAAGAAUGGCGGUCUUCCAUCACCUUCCUCUCAACCUUCUUUUCACUCUCCUCAGCAACGUAACCAUAACAACCAAAACUUUCAUGAUUUAACCCCUGAGCAGCAGGCUAAGUUGGCUAGAAGACAAGAAAAGGUUGCCAGAAUCAUGAAGUAUUCUGGUAUCAUGAAUCCUAGAGACAAAGAUUAUGUUACAAGAUUCCAAUUAUCACAGAUUGUCACUGAAGACCCUUACAAUGAAGACUUUUAUGCUCAAGUUUUCAAAGUUAUCCAUCCAAAAGCAAACAGUACUCAUUUACAAGAACAUUCUCAACAACAUAACUCCAUAGCUCAAGCUUAUUUGGAACAAAGUGGACACAGAUUAGGUGGUCGCUUCAAGAGAGCAGAUGUUGCUUUGCAAAGAAUGCAACAACAAGUUCAAAAGGCUGUCACUGUUGCCAAGGAAAGACCUAAGUUAACCCAAUACGCUAGGGAAGGUGCCUUAGGUAAAAUUUCUUUUGGUAAUGGUAAAAAACCAAGACAACAAUUAGAAAUUUUCAGUCAGGCCGCUCAGAGAGAAAUAGAGAAACAGGAACAAUUGGAGAAAGAGGCUGCUGUUGAGGCAAGCAUUGCCAAGGGUGAAUCUGAUGAAGCCAAGCCUUCAGAUGCUCAAGAAGAUAAGAGUGAAUUCACUAAGGAAUCUACACCAGUUUCCAAGAGGCCACUUUCAAUUUCUGCCCCAUCUCCUUCUACUUCUUCUACUUCCAAGUCUUACUCAAAGAAAGAUGUAAUGAGUAUUUUAGAAAAUAUAAUCACCAAGGUCAUGAACUUAGAAAGUGCCUCAAGAUUAAAUCCACAAGACGUCGACACCAAAGAAUUAUGGGAGUCUUUGCAUAUUUUGGAUCAGCCAUCUACUUCUGCCUCUACCAUUCUGGAAGGUGAAGUCAACCCAUUUAUACAAUGUCUUAACCAUAAUAAGGCAUUAAAAAUUUUACCAAGAUUAUUCAAGUUUUUGUCUAGAGAACAGAUCUUAACUAUUGUUACAUUAAUAAUGUCUAAUUUGGAAAACUUAUAUGUUAUCAAGAAGGGUUCUUAUACUACUUACCCUGAUAAGAUUGUUCCUCUUCCAAUCUUGAAGCUUAUCGAAACGUACACAUUGACCUUCUCCAAGGUUUUGAUGAACUCAGUACAGGAUUUUAAAUUCAAUGAAAUCAUUGGAUUGUUGGUUAUUUUGAUUGGACACAAUAACGUUUCAUUCGUUUCAACCACAAAGAUUGGUUUGUCCAUUUUAACAACUCUUUUGUCUCGUGCUGAGUUGAUCAAGGGAGAAGGAGUUAAUAUUUCUGCCACCGACUUAAGUGAAUGGUCUUCUUGUUACGAUGAAUUAUUCACUUCGUUGGAAAGUAGAAUCUCGGCUAUUUUCCCUCCAAACCCUCAAGAUAUCGACGAUGGUUCUUCAAGAGAAAACUACGUAUGGCAAUUUUUGGCUACUUUGUCAUUGGGAGGCAAGUUGAGUCAUCAAAGAAUUAUUGUUGAUGAAGUUAGAGAUGAAAUCUUUGGAGUCAUGAAUAGAGCGAAGUCAAUUGACAAUAGUGAUAUUGCCAAUUUGUACAAAAAGCAAAACUUAUUAAAUAACUUGAAUAUGUAUUUAGUUGUUAUGGGUUUGGUUGCAGACGAGUCUGAAAUUAAGGAGCUUCAAAGUUAA